AUGGCGGCUCUCUACUUCCUACCCACAUCAAUCGCCGGUGCCACCCUCAUCAUCUCAAUAUUAUUCCUCCUGAUUUGCCGGCAAUCAAAACGACGCCGCCCUAACCGUCUGCCGAGUCCGCCUUCCCUCCCGUUCAUCGGCCACCUCCACCUCCUAAAGCUACCACUCCACAGAACCCUACAAACCCUUUCAACCAACCACGGACCCAUCUUCUCCCUCGCCUUGGGCGCCCGAAACGUCGUCGUAGUCUCCUCCCCAUCUCUCGCCGAGGAAUGCCUCCAACAAAACGACGUCGUCUUCGCCAACCGCCCCCACAGCUUCCUCGGGUUUAAGAUCUUCGCCUACAACUACACCUCUAUCGGGGCUGCACCGUACGGCCCGCACUGGCGCAACCUCCGCCGCCUGUCCGCCGUGGAGCUCCUCUCCGCCGCCCGCCUCAACUCCUUCCUCCACGUCCGCACCGACGAGGUCACGCGCCUGGUCAACGGCCUGGUUGCUGACGUGUCCGCCGGGUCGGUUUUUGGUAAGGUGGAGAUGAAGUUGAGGUUGGUGGGCCUGUCGAUGAACAUGGUGAUGAGGAUGGUCGCCGGGAAGCGUUACUUUGGCGGCGCGACGGAAGGGAGAGGAGAAGAAGGGGAGGAAUUUAAGGAGCUGAUGAGGGAGGUGUUCGAGCUGAGUGCCACGUCCAACCCUGUUGAUUUCUUGCCCGUGUUGAAGUGGGUCGAUUUCAGUGGACUAGAGAAGAGGAUGUGGAGGGCUCAUCGAAGGAUGGACGGGUUUUUUCAGGGUCUGAUUGACGAGCACCGGAGCAAAAUGCAGAGAGAGGAGGAGGAUGGUGUUGAUUCGAGCAGAAAGACGAUGAUCGAUACAAUGUUGACUUUGCAGGGAUCUGAGCCUAAUACCUACUCUGAUGAUAUCAUCAAAGGCCAUGUUAUGUCAUUGAUACUUGCAGGAACAGAUACUACAGCAGCGACAAUAGAAUGGGGCAUGUCACUCUUACUCAAUCAUCCAGAGAUUCUUGACAAGGCCAGAGCUGAGAUCGACAAUGCAGUUGGCAACAGUCGGCUAGUACAAGAAUCUGAUUGCAUUGAUCUUCCAUACCUCCAAUGCAUCAUCAAAGAGACAUUUCGUCUCUAUCCUGUUGCACCGCUUUUGAUACCACACCAAUCGUCGGAGGAUUGUACUGUUGGAGGUUAUUUCGUUUCAAAGGAGACAAUGUUGUUUGUCAACACAUGGGCUAUUCAUAGGGAUCCCACAGUUUGGGAAGACCCCACGAGAUUCUGGCCCGAGAGACAUUCAGAAGCUGAGGGGAAUCCUUAUCGAUUGCUGCCAUUUGGUGCGGGAAGAAGGUCAUGCCCUGGCAUCGCACUUGCGAACCGGGCAGUGAGUGUGGCAUUAGGCACUUUAAUACAAUGCUUUGAAUGGAAAAGGGCCGGUGAAGAAAUACUGGACAUGACUGAAGGACCGGGACUAAGUAUGCCUAAACUUGUGCCACUCGAAGCUUUAUGUAAACCGCGAAAGUUUAUGGAAGAUGUUCUUAUCAAUAUGCAAGGUGACAAAUAG